AUGGACAGCCGGGUCCUCGAGCAUCCUCACGCCCCGUUUGGAGGCUCCCUGGGCGGGCUGGUGGGCUUCCCGUACCCGCUGGGCCCGCGUCCUCUCCCGCAGCAGCCGCCGGUGUACGAGCUGAGCGGCGGGCCGCUGCAGUCCGCGGCCGCGCUGCCCUUCUCCAUAGACGGAUUACUGAGCGGCUCGUGCUCCGCCGCGGUGCUGGGCUCCGGGACGCUGCUGUCGGAUUCACAGCGCUUCUCCUUCUCAGAGGUGGGCGAGGACAAGGAGGAGAGCCCAGGCUGUAAGCGGCGGCGCACUCGCACUAACUUCACGGGCUGGCAGCUAGAGGAGCUGGAGAAGGCCUUCACCCAGAGCCACUACCCCGACGUGUUCAUGAGAGAGGCCCUGGCCCUCAGGCUCGACUUGGUCGAGUCACGAGUACAGGUGUGGUUCCAGAACCGAAGGGCCAAAUGGAGGAAAAAGGAGAACACAAAGAAGGGCCCCGGGCGCCCGGCACAUAACUCUCACCCCACCACCUGCAGCGGGGAGCCCAUGGGCCCCGAGGAGAUCGCCCGCAGAGAGAGAGAGCGUGCCGACAAGAAAAGACGCAAACAGGAGCGCAAACUGCUCAAGGGCUCCAGGGGCCCCGUAGAUCUGCACACUCCGGGCGGCUCCGAGAGUGACAGUGGAGUGUCCCAGUUCACUGACACGGAGCAGCAGGGGCCCCUACACAUCAAGCUCCCCGACCCCAAGGCCAGUGAGUCCGGUCAACUUAGUCCACUGCAGAAACCGAGAGGCCCCCAGGAACCAGCCUCCCCUCACAGCAUACACAGCCAGGGCCUCGAGCCAAGGCCCCUGCACAAACACAACCCUUUCAGUGUGGAGAGCCUGCUGUCUGAUUCCCCGCGCCGCAGGGCCCAGGGGCCCACCACACUGCUGGGCAAGGGACACUUCCUACUCUACCCCAUCACACACCAGCCCCUGGGCUUUCUGGUGCCUCAGACCGCACUGAGGGCCCUUGGGGACCUGGACAGACCUAACUCCAACCUCUCCCUUCCAGUUGCCCCCAGCCCACCACACAUGGAGACAGAGCCAGCACAGGGUGGUGCUUCAGAGGACGGCCCCACAGCGGAGGGCCCCAUGGAGGAGCACUCCAUGGAGGGGGGGCCCUCAGUGGAGGAGCAGAGGGCAGAGACUAAUAGAGAUGAGGGCCACAGUGAGGACCACAGAAGAGACAGUGACAGGGGCCAUAGUCCUAGGGCCCCCAAAUCCCUCACUCCGGACCUUCACUGUGGCCCUGCAGACACCUGCAUCACAGAAGCACCAGGGGCCCUGGACUGA